CUAUAUAUAUGACUAUAUAUAGUUCUCUCCUCAUGACAAUGCAGUGGAACUAAGAGUGAAGUUUGAGGAGAUCAUAUAUAGAUAUCAAUAUCAUAUAUAUAGAGAGGAUCAUGGAGGCCUACAAGAAGCUUAUGAUUGUUGGGAUGUUAUUGGUCAUUGCCAUGAUUGGGUCAAAGCCCAUAUUGGCCAAUGGCCAAUCCUUUUGCCAUAUGUCCAAAGAAGGGUUUAAGGCAUGCAUGCCCUCUGUGAGUGGUGAGAAUCCUGUUGAUCCUCCAACCUCUGCUUGUUGCUCAGCAAUUGCAAAGGCUGAUCUUAAAUGCUUGUGUCGUUACAAGGAUUCAGGAUUGCUUACUUUCUAUGGUGUUGAUCCCAAUGAAGCCAUGCAACUCCCUGUUAAGUGCAAGCUUGUGGACUCCUUCAGCUGCUAGACUAGCUUAGCUAGCUAGUCGUGCAUGUGUCACAGGAGGCACUAAUUAAUUAUGUAAUCUCUGAUUUGUUUGCUCUUGGUUAUGUUUUUUAUUUUCCAAUGUGUUUGUUGCCAAUGUUGUCGAUCAUGACAUGCUUGUUUAUUGUUGGUAAUAUGUUUGUUUCGCUAUUUUCUUUAGUUUGGUUGA